CUUUAAUGUCCCCUCGUCACUUGCAACCUUGGGAUCACUCGGUUGGCCAUCCCUGUUCUUUUUCUUCUUUAUAUCAGACAUCCGGCACCUCAAGAUGCAACUCCCGGCUUUAUUAGUCAUUCCGCUCUUGACUUCGCUCGCGCAGAGCAGCGCGGGCGGUUUCUUGGACCAGGCCAUCGCGUUGAUGGAGGAGAGUCCGUUGCUGGACACGCACAUCGAUCUCCCGCAGAUCAUCAGGAGCUUGAACCGACGACCACUAGAUGCCAUCCCCCAGCUGAACGGCUCCUUCCCAGGCCACGUCGACAUUCCCAGGAUGCGACAAGGCCGGCUGGGGGGAGCCUUCUGGACCGUCUGGGCGCCCUGCUACGACGUGACGGGGGAAGACCCCGGGGCCGACUUCAACACUCCUACAAACCACCUGCGCGACUCGAUGGAGAUGCUCGACAUCAUCCAGAACAUGAUCGCGCGCCACCCGGAGCAUCUCCAGUAUGCCCGGUCGUCGGCCGAGGUCUGGGACGCCUUCAACGCGGGCAAGAUCGCGUCCCUCAUCGGCAUGGAAGGCACCCACGUGCUGGGCAACUCGCUGGGCGCGCUGCGUUUGUUUGCCCAACUCGGCGUCCGCUAUUUGACGUUGACGCACACCUGCCACAGCGCGUUCGCGUCGUCCGCCGGCCCCGGCACCCCUCUCGACUCGGUGCACGAGGGCAACUCCCUGACCCAACUCGGCAGGGAGCUCGUCCGAGAACUGAACCGCGUGGGCAUCAUGGUGGACCUCUCACACACGUCGGACGCGACCAUGAGGCAAGCCAUCGAGCUGUCGGAGGCCCCCGUCGUCUGGACCCACGCCGGUGCCCGCGCUCUCUGGGACCACCCCCGGAACGUCCCAGACGACAUACUCCGGCUGAUUGGCGACGGGCCCGGGAAGAAAGACGGGGUGAUCCAAUCCAUCUUCUUCCCCCCGUUCAUCGGCCCGAACCCGGGCGCGAACGUCUCCCGCGUCGCCGACCACAUUGAGCACAUCGCGGGCAUUGUGGGCAGGAGUCGCGUGGGGAUAGCCUCGGACUUUGACGGGAUGUACAUCUCGGUGGACGGUCUGGAAGACGCCAGCAAAUACCCGAACAUAGUCGCAGAGCUGCUCUCGAGAGGCUGGACGCCGGAAGAGAUGAAGGGCGUCUUGGGCGGCAACUUGAUGAGGAUCAUGGACAAGGUGGACGAGGUCAGCGAGCGGCUGAAGAGCCGGCUGCCGUCCUCGGCCAUCUGGGAGAAACGACAAGACCUUCCCGCAACAAAAUGGGGCGGUGGAGGUAUACAGACAUACUGGCCGAGAGACGUCAAGGCCGCCGUGGAGAAGAUGACGGUGCGCCACGAUGAAUUGUGAUGGAGGCUACGCACGGGCGUAUAGCAACUAGAUUAUGGUCAUGAGUGCUUCUUUUUGGUGGGGAUUACAG